CAUCAUAUAUCUAUGAUUUUCCAAAACCCAGAUUUUAUUAAAACCCUCAUUUUUCAAAUAUAUGAAGCAUCAGAUCCGUAAAUACAUAAUUUUUUAGAGAAAAUACAUCAAUUUGAUACACAUCUACCAAAAGAGGAAAAAAAAUCCCAAAGUACAUAAGUUCUUAAAAAAAAUCCCAAAAUACAUAAGUUAUAAUUUUUUUUCCAAAAGUACACAUGUUUCACAUUCACCGUUUUUGACAAACGCAGUGAAUACAAUCACCGUGUUAGACAAACACAGUGAACAUUUCACUGUUUUUGAAUAAAACGAUGACGUGUUCACCGUCUUUGUAUAAAACGGCGAGUAGCUAGUGAGCCAUUCAUCGCUUUAAACAAAAACGGUGAUAACAUCACCGUUUUAAUUAAACGCGAUGAAGUUCUCCCCGUUGUUUACGUCCACGAUGAAUGCGACGCGGAUCGCUAACGUGGACAAACACGGUGCAUUCACCGUUUUAGACAAACACGGUGAAUGCCCCGUGUUUGUUCACGUCAGCGAUCCGCGUCGCGGGUCCACUCACCGCAGCUGUCAGAUGCAGUGAGGCACGAAUCGUGGUUUUCUUCCCAAAUCCGACGCCUCACAGCACGCCACGUUGCUCGAUCCCUGUCAAUCACCGUUCUCGAUAAAGACGGUGAAUUCACCGUCUUUGUCAAAGACGGUGAUGUCCCCCCCCCCCCUCCCCCCUAGUAAUUUUGCGUGGAUCCCUGCCCUCCCUCACUAUGAAUAGAACAUUUCCCCCCUUCUAAAUCACACCACCACAUUUACACUUCUUUCUCCCUCAAUCUAUCCACUCUAGUCUCGUUCUAAGUAUGCUCUGUGGUUGCGGCUAAGUCCGAUCUUCCACAUCAGAAAGAAUUACUAGAGUUAUACCGUAAAGCCCCCAUCCUUUAUAAACCCGUCGAACCUCUGUCCGGCUUCCGCCAAAAAAUGGACGAAGAGGCUCUUCGGGUAGGUUUUUUGUUUUUCUUUUGUGUUUUUUUUAAUCAAAACAAUUUGAUUUUGUGAUUUUUUUUAAUCAAAAUAAUCUGAUUUCAUUACUUUUUUUAUAGAUGGGUGCCGAGAUAUACGAUUCUCAAUUGUAUAUCCAUUAUGGCGCAAGAGAUACGAGGUAUUUAACUGAUCAACAAGCACAUCGCUCCUGUGCUAUUUGGGAUAACAAUCCGGUAAAUUGAUGAUUUAUCUUGUUUUAUUUUAUUAUUUUCUGAGGUAUUAUUUUGCUUUCUUAAAACUAACAAAUUGAUGUUUUUCCUAUUUUUUUGUAGGAAUCACUUAUUCCUGUCGUUCAUAAAGGGACCACAAACUUGCCCGCUUGGCAUGAUCGGUUGGCACCCUAUAUAGAGAAGACCGGGUUGGGUAUGUGACUCACUCCUACUGUCACUCUAGAAAAUGGCCAAGUGUAACCACUUCCUAAAGUGUAGUAUAGCGGGUUUGGGUUUUAAUGUCAACCCGGGUCCUAGAUGUGAUGACUACUCAGUGAAUUCUUAUUAUUUAGCGGUGAAACUUUAGUGCAGGUUCAAACAAGCAAGCAACUAAACGAUUGUUUUCAAGUUGAGAGAGGUCACCCGGAUAUGGUUCCCCCUAGACUGCAGUUAAGCAGAAUUGCAAUUUAACAAGUUCAGUUUUAAUGAUAGUUAUACUGCGGGAGGUUCUUAAGCAGUCUGAAGUCUCGACUAAAGGUCUCCAGACCCUCUCAAUCUGAAUCCCCAGCGGGCGACUAACCUCCACCGGAGUAAACAGAUUGAGGUCCUAACGAACCAAAUCUCCACUACCAAAGUAAAUUCGGUACAGAAUAAUGGGGUUAAUUGUAUGGUUGGUCACUGAGAUUACAAAAAACGUUCAUGUUUGGUCACUGGAAAUAUUUAAAUCCAACCUUGGUCACUCAAAUUAGUUAAAUGGUUCAAAUUUGGUCACUCUCCGUCCAAAUCCGUUAAAUUUGUCUGAUGUGGCAGUCAACCCUCAAAGUUGACCGUUAACUCGGUGACGUGGCAAUUAAAAAAUAAUAAGUAAAAUAAAAAAAUAAAAAAAUAAUUAUAAUAAAAAAAGAGGAAGCAAAAUUUGAUUCGGUUUCUCCGUUCCGACUAUUUUUUUCUCUUUUUUUUUAAUAUUUAUAAUCAUCUCUCCUCUUCUCCAGUACUUUACUGCCUCCUUCCUCCCUUCCGUUUUAUUUUCUUCUCCUUCUCUAAAAUCGACAAUGGCGGUGGAAAAGAAAUACAUUACCAGCGAGGACCUGAAGAAGCACAACAAGCCCGACGACCUCUGGAUCUCGAUCCAGGGGAAAGUCUACGACGUCUCCGAGUGGGUGAAGCGGCACCCGGGCGGCGAGGUAGCCAUCGCCAACGUCGCCGGCCAGGACGUCACCGACGCAUUCAUAGCCUACCACACGGGCAUGGCGUGGAAGAAUCUCGACCCGCUCUUCACCGGCUACCACCUCGAGGACUACGUCGUCUCCGACGUUUCCAAGGCCUACCGCCGCCUCGCCGCCAAGUUCUCCAAGCUCGGCCUCUCCGACAAGAAAGGGCAUGUCGCCGUCUCGGCCCUCGCCGCCGUGGCGGCCCUGUUCUUGCUGGUGUGGACGCACAAUGCCCACCAUCUGGCGGUGAACAGCCUCGAUUACGAUCCAGAUCUGCAGCAUAUCCCGGUGUUCGCCGUCUCGGCCCGCUUAUUCAAAUCGAUCCGAUCCGUCUUCUACGGCAGAAACCUAGAUUUCGAUCCCGUGGCGAGGUUCCUCGUCAGCUACCAACACUGGACGUUCUACCCGGGCACUGAACAUAGCUGGGAUUUUGGUUUUCUGGACCUGGUUCCCUCUUUUGGUUGCUUGCUUGCCGAAUUGGCCCGAGAGGUUCGUGUUCGUGCUGACUUCCUUCGCGGUGACAUCGAUCCAGCAUGUUCAGUUUUGUCUCAACCAUUUCCCGGCGAAUGUGUACAUGGGUCCGCCGAGGGCCAACGAUUGGUUCGAGAAGCAGACGAGGGGGAGUUCCAGCUGAAGCAUGGCGCGUUGCAAUUCCAGCUGAAGCACCAUCUGUUCCCUAGGCUGCCGAGGUGCCAGCUGAGGAAAGUUUCGCCGCUGGUUCAAGAUCUGUGCAAGAAGCACAACCUGCCGUACCGGAGCUACUCGUUUGUCGAGGCGAACGUGUGGACGAUCAAGACGUUGAGGGCGGUGGCGGUGCAGGCGAGGGACCUGGCGAAUCCUAUGCCCAAGAACAUGGUGUGGGAAGCUGUUCAUACUCACACUUGAGGGGGAUUUUUGUUUGUUUGUUGACGAAUUGCCAUUCUAUCCAUGGGAAGUUUUUUGAAAAUUUUGCUUCCUCUUUUUUUAUUAUUUUUUUUUAUUAUUUUACUUUAUUGUGAAAAUGAGUUGGAAAUGGUAGAAGAUUAAAAUUUAUUUUAUUUAUUAUUUUUUAAUUGCCACGUCACCGAGUUAAUGGUCAACUUUGAGGGUUGACUGCCACAUCAGACAAAUUUAACGGAGUUGGACGGAGAGUGACCAAAUUUGAACCAUUUAACUAAUUUGAGUGACCAAGGUUGGAUUUAAAUAUUUUCAGUGACCAAACAUGAACGUUUUUUGUAAUCUCAGUGACCAACCAUACAAUUAACCCCAGAAUAGUGAAUUAACUCCUCGACUAAAGUCGCCAAUUCACUACCUUCAAUUAAGGGUGCUCUAUCAACCUAGGCAGAUAUUCUCUUUCUAGGCUAAAGCAGAAAUAACAGGAAUUUGAUCAGGAUUCAAGUCAUUCAAUCAUUCAAGCCUCAAUUGAAUAUAAUCAAAUCAUAAAAUCUGUACUUGGGUUCAUACAAUCAUACCUAACAUACAAAUCUAGGGUUCUCCAUACCCAGAUGAAUGGAUAAGUUACUCCAUGGAGAGAGAAGCAAAAGCAUAUUCAGAUGCGGAAACCAUACUGUGAAGGAUGGGUUCUGCUCCUGGUCGUCAAUCGGCACUUCUCCAAGUGUGAGCCGAGCUCCAAUGGUGAUGAAGAUCAAGCUAGGGCACUUGGGAACUCUGGUUCGUCGCUUUCUCUCUCUAGGAAUCGCUCUGUCUCUGUAAAACUCGGAACUUCCCUCUCCUUUGCUGAAAAUUGGCUUAAAACCAGAAAAUCCCGACUCACACGGCCAGGCCACACGGCCGUGUGACUCCCCCAGCUGCCCGUGUGGCUUUGCAAAACGCGGCGUUUCGUUAAGUGACUUCAGGCUUCCUACGCGGCCACGACCCACACGGCCGUGUGGCUUCCCAGGGUGCCCGUGUGAGAUUUACUGAGCCUUCACACGGCCACAAGGGGUCCCCUGCACGGCCCGUGUGACUUUGCCCGUGCAAUUUGGUGCCACACGGCCAGGUCACACGGCUGUGUAGGUUUUAGGCGUGCCCGUGUGGCUCCAUUAGCUUCCUGCGAAAUGUCCAAUCUUAUUCCAAUCAACCCCGAACUCGUUCCUAAACCUUCAUUCACAUACUAGGACCUGAAAUAUCACAAACAAGAACAACCUAGCGUGAAAUUGGCCUAAAACGCGGGAAUCGACAUCUCAAACGGCUCAAGAAUAGGGGUAAAAACAUGUGUAAUUAAUGGUCUAUCAAACUCCUCCACACUUAACCGUUUGCUUGUCCCCAAGCAAACCUAACUCAAACCAAUGCAACUCUCCAGACCUCUAUAGCAACAAACAACCCCGAUCGUCGGUAGAGGAUUACCUAGAUCAUAUAGCAGCUUACGAUGUCAACUGGUCUUCUAAGACGUUCCCUAUCUCUCUCAAUGCGAGUACUAGACUCAAGCCAGGAUCAUGAGAAGAAGUAGAAGUAUGACAGUCAGUUCAUGGAUAAAGGGACUCAUAUCAU